AUGCAAAUUCAAUUUGCUUCAUUCUAUUCACAGGAAUUAAACCAAACAUUUCCAGUGGGGCUUGGAGAUGUAGAUGUUAUCGUUAACAGUCUUAUUGAAUGUUUAGAAAAAGGAAGAAAUCAGACUGAACACUCUUCACCAUCUAUUUACAUGAUUCCUAGAACCUUUAGGAAUCAAAACAAAAAUUCAUUCAAGCCUCGGAUGGUCUCUAUUGGGCCUCUGCACAGAAAAGAUGAAAAUCUACAGGCAAGUGAAGAAGAAAAAGCCACUCAUGUGGUCAGUCUAUUAAGUCGUUUAGAUUCCACACAAAAGGAAACACUACAAGCAUGUGCUCGAAUGGUGAAUGCUUCAAUAGACCAAAUCAGGUCUUGUUAUGCCGAGGCAAUAAGCUACAAUAACAUCGAACUUGCCGAAAUGAUGGUUAUGGAUGGUUGUUUCAUACUCGAAUUCUUGUACAGGAUUAAGAAAUGUGAAGAAUCAAAAAUGGGAAAUGUGCUGUUUGUCCAGUUUACAUUUUAUGAUCUUGUGCUGCUAGAAAACCAAAUCCCCUUCGAUGUCCUAAAGAAAAUCUUUGAGUGCACUAUUUCUAAAUUUGAUCAAACAACAUCUCUUAUUGAUCUUAUCCAUGUAGCUAUAGAACAUGUUAACCCUUUUAAAGAGCACAAACUUAAGAGCAACUCAAAUGCCACUCACCAUCAUAUUCUUGGCCUUCUCCAUGAAUGUUACCAGUAUCAGUACCAAAAAGCUAAGUCAUUAGAAUUUUCAAAUUCAAGAUUUCCCUCAGCUGUAGAACUGGACAGGGCAGGGGUGAACUUUAACCGUGUCCGAGAUACAGAAUGGCCAUUGGUAAUGGAGGUGAAAAAAUAUAGGUUGCCAUGCUUUUCUUUCCCCUGGGGUAGGCCUACUCUCAUAAUGCCAGUAUUGGAUGUUAAUGAUUUCACUGAGUUGGUUUUAAGAAACCUCAUCGCGUAUGAACUACUGAUGCAUUCUAAACACAUAAGCCAGUAUAUUACAUCAUAUGCCUUUGCCAUGGAUAUGCUAAUUGAUAAUGAAGAGGACAUUGCUAAAUUAGUAAAAUCAAAAGUCCUUGUUAACAAUAUAGGCUCAAACCAAGAGGCUGCAAAUAUGAUAAAUAGCAUAUGCAAAGAAGUUGCCUUGAAAGAUUUUUUUUACUCAGAUCAAUGGAAGGAAUUGAAUCACCACUACAAUGGUUACUGGUCAAAAUAUGUUGCAUGGUUGAGGCGUACUUAUUUCAACAAUCCAUGGAAUAUAAUUGCUCUACUAGCUGGAGUCUUCUUGUUUGUUCUUGCCGUGCUUCAGACCAUCUUUACCAUUAACCCAGCCAAAAGGGACAAAUAG